CGCACUUCCUGGGACGCUGAGAGGGAGAUUCUUUGCGAGGCUCUUAGGUGUGGGCGAGUGAAAUGCCUUGGAUGUGAGACCCAGGCCAAGAUCAUUUCUACUCUUUGUUCAGAUGUGCAUAUAUUCUAAAUUGAUUAAAGUUGUUUUAGAACUAUCAAGUACCUCAAAGAUCUGACCGGCAGUACUGCGCAAGCCUGCCUGCCAUGGGCUGUCGGGACGUCCAUGCAGCCACAGUGCUCUCCUUCCUGUGUGGCAUCGCCUCAGUAGCAGGCCUCUUUGCGGGGACUCUGCUUCCCAACUGGAGAAAAUUGCGACUGAUCACAUUCAACAGAAAUGAGAAGAACCUGACUGUUUACACAGGCCUGUGGGUGAAGUGUGCCCGAUACGACGGGAGCAGUGACUGCCUGAUGUACGACACUACUUGGUACUCAUCAGUUGACCAGCUGGACCUGCGGGUCCUCCAGUUUGCCCUGCCCCUCAGCAUCCUGAUCGCAAUGGGUGCCCUGCUGCUCUGCCUGAUUGGAAUGUGUAACACGGCUUUCAGGUCCUCGGUGCCCAACAUCAAACUGGCCAAGUGUCUGGUCAAUAGUGCAGGCUGCCACCUGGUGGCGGGGCUGCUGUUCUUCCUGGCAGGUACUGUGAGCCUCUCCCCAUCCAUCUGGGUCUUCUUUUACAACACUCAUCUGAACAGGAAGUUCGAGCCGGUCUUUACAUUUGACUAUGCAGUGUAUGUCACAAUCGCUAGUGCUGGGGGCCUGUUUAUGACUUCCCUUCUACUGUUUAUUUGGUAUUGUGCAUGCAAAUCUUUGCCUUCUCCUUUCUGGCAACCACUGUACUCCCAUCCUCCCAGUAUGCAUACUUACUCACAGCCCUAUUCAGCACGCUCCCGCCUCUCUGCCAUUGAAAUCGACAUUCCAGUAGUUUCACACAACACCUAAUAGAGAAGUGGUUGUUAAAGAACACUUUUAGCCUCACAUUUCCCUUGUACAAGGAGCUGUUUUGGACCAAUAUAUAUUUUCCUUUGUUUCUGACCAGUCUAUGAAACCAAAUUUGUAUGUCCUAGUAGAAUGAAGUGCUGCUAGUUUUAUGAAAAGUACACUACUUUAAAUGUGAAUCGUUCUUUUAUCUUGCUCCUUAUGCUAGGAGGAUUUUUAACCUCUAUAUUGAUAUCUGAUCAGUAAUUCAAGUGGAAAGGACCCGUGUCUCAAUUGAGGUGAUUUAGAGCAACAUGGCAGUGUGAAAAAUGAUGGCUAAGAGAAGUUGUUGUAUGUGAUCUUUACGAAUAUUUCAGAAUGUGUCUUGUCCUGUUUCUGUACUACCUUAAGCCAGUAAAAAAAAAAAAAAAAAAAAAAAAAAA